CUUUCACCGUCAUCUCAUUCUCUAAAAUUUUCGGUAUCAAUCAAUCAAAAUAAUAAUGAGCCAGGGACAGCCACCCAAGCCUCAUAUGGACAAAUACUUCGACCCGGAACCCAUCACUAUCGGAGAAGUUCUAGAGACAGCAGCCGUAUCGGUCGGCGAUGCACCCAUUGAAUCAAGCGAUGCAGAUGCAAUACAAGCCGCAGAAAGGAGAGCCUCUUGCGGUGACGAAGGGGAAAGCGGUGGGUUAGGCGACACUGCACAAGCUGCGGCCAGUUUCAAUGCCACUGCUGCCCAAAACGUCCAUAAGAUUAACAUUUCUGAUGUAUUAACGAAUGCUGCUUCCAAGUUGCCUCAUGAUAAAGCUGUGACAUGUGAAGAUGCUGAAGCGGUGAAAGGUGCAGAGCUGAGAGGCAGACUAGAAACCGUUGUCAGGCCCGGUGGAGUAGCGGAUACGAUGUCAAAAGCCGCUGAGGUGAACCUGCAGGAUUAGGAUGACAGCGCAUGAAGCCUGCAUAUAAGUGUGUUAUUAUUGUAGCUUUGUUACAGGUUUUGUCUUGCAACAAGUGAAGGAGUCGGUUAUGGAGAUGUAGUACCUUAGCGGGGUUCCAAAGUGGUAACUAAUUUCCUUGAAUGUUAAGAUAUUUCAAGUUUCAAGUUCAGUUAUUGGUGUGGAUUACUUCAAUGUUAUGGUUUGAGCAUUGUUUCAAUUGUUUUUUUUUCUUUUCUUUUCAUGUGUUUGAAUAAAAUUUUAAUAAAUCUUGUUAAUAGUGUUAUAAAUCAAUGUAAAGGCCCAAAGGGCUUUCCUCUUUAAGGCACUAGCUUUUUUUUCUUCAUUUUAAGUAAAGGAAC